AUGUCUUCCGCCACUAAGAAAGAGUUCCUCUGCAUCCUGCCUGAUAAGGCCGGCGCGCAGGCGAAGCGUCUUGAGGUUCGCCCUAAACAUCUCGAGGGUGUUAAGACGCACGUUGCGUCUGGUGCUUUUGUUGCCGGUGGUGCAAUGCUCAAUGCCCACCCUGCCGAUGGCGAGACCCCCUCCUUCAAGGGAAGCAUGAUGCUCGCUGUUGCGGAGAAUGAAGCCGAGGUACUUGAGCUUCUUAACAAGGAUAUCUAUGUCACUUCUGGUGUGUGGGAUAUGGAGAAGGCUCAGAUUAUCCCGUUCAAGUCUGCUGUUCGUCAGGCUUUGUAG